AUGAGGACCGACUGCCGUGUUGAACGCGAAAAAAAAACGUGGAAGUACAAUUCAUAUCGCGCUCCAACACGCACCGCCGACAUGCUCCGCAUCGCCCUCUUCCUCACGCUCGUCACUGGCGCAUCCGCCGCCUUCGAGGCCGUGGUGAAUUGCACGGUGCUCGCGAAGGACAACUCGUGCAACGCGGUCACAGCGUCCGCGCUCGCCGCCUCAACCUCGACAUUUUGCACGUCAUUGGUUGCUCCCGCCAAGGACAACAACUGCUUGUAUGACGGCACUGAUAAAAAAUGCAACUACCAGGGUGGUGGCAUGGACCUCAAGCAUACGGAGUGGAUGACCGCUGAGCAGAAAGCAUGCUACGCCGGUGACUCUACGACGGACACCAAAGCCAAGUGCACGGCGCUCACCGGUUGCUACUGGAUCGCCAAGGGUGGAGACGAUACCGCCGCGGGUAGUUCGUGCGGCUACCCACUCGCAGGCCUUGAAGCGACCGCAAACGGCAAGAGCGCCACCGCCGUCCAGAUUGCGUACCUCAGGGCGUCUUUCAUGGAGGACGUCUGCACUGUCGUCUCGAAGGACAAGGCCACCUGCAACGCGGACGCGCGUUGCACGUGGAAUUUCGACGGCAAGUGCGUCCCCUCCAUGAACGCCCAGAUCAACAACCUGGUCGAGGGCAGCUGCAACACCGAGGCCGAUACCUUGGCGAAAACGUUGGGCGCCACCACCGCCGCCGCGACCGCCGCCGUCGGCUCCGGCGCCGCGGGCUUCUCCAGCUUCGCCGUCGUCGUCUCCGCGCUCGUCGCCGCGCUCUCCCUCAUCGCGUGA